AUGAUUUCGAGUCAAGGCAGAAGGACCGCUCGCAAUGUCACUCUCAACUUGAAGAAGAAUAACUGGUGGCGAUCGUUAGUCUCUGGGACAACGAUAGACUCGAGUUUAGAGCGUCCUGCUCUCAUCCGACGUCCGCCCGAGAAGCAUUCUACACAUCAAGGUCAUCCCGGUAAAGGUCGGUCGGGCAGAUCGUCGGACUUGUGGUCCCGCCCUCAGUCGGAAAAACGUCAAGGAAAUGCCGAGGGGGAGCAGAAGAAACGUCUGCUCAAACCUUAUGACUUAUCGAUGCAACUCAAGCGGAUGUGCAGCGAGGGAGACCUCGAAGGCGCCAUAGAGCGUUUGAAGACGACUCCUCGGGAUGCGCAGAACGUAGCCGUAUGGAAUACAAUGAUAUCAGAGUGCUUGAGUGCCGAGCGGUACCAGCUCUCCUACGAGUUGUUCAUUGAUAUGAAGCGUAGAGGGUUUUCGCCAAAUAGCAUCACGUUCUCCACCAUGCUCAGUGGUAUUUCCCUCAUCAAAGACUGGUCGAAGUACAGCAAACAAUUGCAGAACGCGCAUUCUCUCUACGAAUACUACCUAAAACACAUGGAAUCCGUUAAAUUUCACGAGCCUGACAACUCAAAGGAGUUGUCCUUGCAGCCUCUUGUUGCAUACAUCCAGGUUCUCGGUGAUGCAGGAGAUUACCAUAAAAUCUUUGACGUUUACUUCGCCAUGGACCAGGAAGGACCUCUCGCACCUGACAGGUUCGUCUUCACCGCGAUGUUCAAGGCAAUAUCCACACGUCAGAAGCGCUCGGUUUCUGACGGAGAGGCUUCUACUCGUAACGACGCUGCGUCUGAUGCGAAGCACGUCUGGAUACAGAUGGAGAAAGUUAUGCAGAAGAAUCCUGACUUUCACUUGGAUCCUGGGCUCAUUGCAGCAGCCAUACGCGCCCUUACGCGGGGAAGCCCAAAUGACCAAAGUUUUGCAUUCGUCAUUAUCCGCGACCGGCUGGGUCUUUCGAAGCCGGGGGAAGAUAUGCCUCGGAGAUUGUCGAACAAUCUUAACGCAUGGACGUUAGACGCUGCUCUCCAGCUUUGUAACUCCAUGCAAAAACACAGACUCACCGUCCAUUUCACGCGUCAAGUCAUGGAAAAGAUCAAUUGGGACAAAGUGUGGAUGCGUUACCUCAUUGACUCUAGCCACAUACACAAACUCCUCAGAGCAUAUGCUGGACUGGCCUCUCUCGGAUCCCUCAACGAGUCGAACGAAGCUCUUGAAGCGUUGGAGUGGAGUGUACAGCACGAUAUCAUCUAUCAUCUUCCCAAGUUGACACCCACAGCGCAAUCAUACCAUCUCGCCCUCAUGACAUGUUGUCGCAGCGUGGACUGGCAGGCUGCUGUCCGCGUUUAUGAACUCAUGACAGGCGUCGAAGGCAGUCAAUUCGAGGUGGGCGGAAGCCGUCCUCCAGCGGUGAAGAUGAGGUCCAAGGGCAAGAACCUGCCGACGGAUGCAGAGACCAUGUCGUUCCUUCUGCGCACCGCCCUUGCCACCAACAACCCCGUUCAUAUGCAACAUGCGAUGUGGCUAGCUGAUUUUGCGCGCGUUGAUGUGCUCCUCAGUGACGAAAAGACGACCGCAUUCUACCGGUCAAAACUUGCUUCCGCCUUGAUGGAGGCGAUCAAGCACCUCCAAGACGCGGGGGUUCUUACUCAGGAGCAAGAAAAGACCUGGAGCUCGUACAGAUCAUUGGCACGAGAGGUUCUCAGGAGCACCAGGGGUAGCCCCACACCUGGAGUUGAGGAGGAGAGGUUAGGAAACACACGGAGACUCGUCGACAUGGACAACUAUGUAGCCUUCGAGAUGGCAUCGCGCAGUACCAAAUCGCGGACAUAA